AUGACAAAUACACCACUACGGUAUCAGUUUGAGCCCCCACCACAACUAUACAUGGGUGUUGACUACCGAUGGGACCCUCUAUUCUUUCGCAUACCUUCACCACGAGGACCAUUGACUUCCAGGAGAGAAGAAAACCACCCAAAACUGCCAACUACAGCUACAUCUCUGACUAUAAAUACUGAAAUACAAACAUUAGAAAACGGGGAUAAAUCUCCUCAGAGAGCAUCACAUGAAAAGAAAAAGUCAUGCUCUAGAACUAGGAAACCAAAUCAACGUGACAAAUUAACAGAGAAAAAAAGUGAGUCGCCGUCCGUACCAAAUGUGAAGCCUCUUCGGCGUGGUGCCUCAAGUUCUGCUUUGGAACGGCACGGUGGUGUCAUUUCCCCACGAAUGUCAUCAAAAGAAUCCCCCCGUCAUCCGCCGUCUUCUGCAACUACGGGGACAGGCAUCAAGAAAGGUGGUCUCAGCACCCGUAAAGAUACACUAUCACUUCACCGCAAUGAUGCUCCUAUUCCUUCCCCACGACUCACACGUUCAGCAAUUCUUCGUCGUGACUUCAACGCCCGGGAAGAACCUGAAAACAAACCUUCUGUUUCACCUCGAGAAACGAACCGUUUGUUUUUAGAUUCUCAUCGAAAGACCUUGGGAAGUCAGUUAGUUAAAUAUUCAUUCCCCGCGACCUCUGGUUUCUCUUCGCAACGCUCCGCAAGAACCGAUACCGCUCUCGGGCAUUCUAAUUAUCGCACAAAGUUAACUGACACUCCUAUUUCACCUAGAGGGACAAAGGCUGCAGACCUCCGUGCAGCCCACGCAUUGAGAAAACUUGAUGGACUGACUCCAGCUUCUGUUUCAGUAGAAUCGCCACGUCAGUUUGUGCGAACGGAGCGGGUAAUAAGAGCAUCACUCAGUACUGUAGACAGAAAUUUGAAUCGAAACGGCGAUCAUCUGCAGAGACGCGAUGUUCCUCCUGUUCCAGAGUUUCAUAAUAUUUUGACGCGGUCAAGAGAAUCUAAGAACAUGAAGGCGAAGAGUGAUGUAGGGAAGAAAGAGAAUGAUAAGGAGUUAUCUAAUAAAAUCUCAGUAUCCAUAGUAGAAUUAAAACAACAAAAAAAAGCAUCUAAUCAGGUGGUGAUACAAGAUAGUCACCCUGUGCAUCCUGUCUCUGAUCAAGAGAAUUCAUCUCAUAAAGCAAGGGGAAGUUCUCCAGUGGUGAUUCCUAUGGAGGAUUAUCAAAGCAGCAAAAACCUGUCAACUCUUAUAGAGGAAGAAAAACCAUGUAUAUCUGUUCCAAUAGAGAAUAGGGAAGAAGAAGUUUCUUUAGAGAACGUUGAAAGGGAUCAUAAUAAUGGAACUAUCACAUCUCAACAUGAUUCCGUGGAAGUUGAAUUGAAAAAUCAAAAGAUCUCAUUGCCAGAUGCAGAAGUUGUUUUGGAUCCGCUUUCUGCUGUUGUACGAGAAGGUACGAUGCCACCUGUAGAUUUAGUUGAGGCAGUAUACAGCUUUUCUUCCAGUGCCUUUUCAGAAGAAUCAGAUGUUACGCCAUCUAGCGUGAGUAUAGAUGAAGGGGAUGUGUUACCUACACCUCCUUCAUAUUGGCGUGCUGAGACACUUCCAAUGGUUGAGGGACGACCGAUAAAUUCUUUACCAUUAGAUGUGAGCGCUGUGGAGGAUAUCUCAUCUUGUGUGGAAAAAGAGAAAGAUAAAGAAGGAGGUUGUGCCCCGCGUGUUUCCCUUUUACCACCCAUAUCAGAAGUGGAGUUGGCAGAGAAGAUGUCAUCCAUACCGCGUUACAUUCUUAUGGGAAAUGUGACACCAAAAGUCGUGAAAACGGCACGAUUAACUACAAGCGAGACAAUUCCAAAAUACAUGAAACUUCGGGAGAAUGUGCGGUUACACUUGAUGAAAAUAUUCUUCCGUAACUGGUUAAAAUGGAUUUCUCGUCUCUCCGAAGUGGGUUUUCUGAAAACACAGAAAGUUCUGGGCACCAAUUUUUCUUCUUCAUCAUUUUCUCCCUCUACUGCUGGUGGUAAUGGUAAUGGUGGUGGUGUUAUUGCUAAUGGCAUUCUACCUCCUUCAGAGAGAUCUGAAGUUGUUGUCGAAUUGACUUUGACUCCCAAUGAAAGUAAACCACCAAUGGGGGCCAUUGCUACGGAGCAAGAAAUAAGUAAUGCAGAAGAGAAAAAGUCACCUACACUAGAGGGUUGUGAUACAUCAAGACAAGUCACUCUUCCUGUAAGGGAAAAGAGCCCACCUCCACUGGCAGAACAGAGGCUGGAAAAGGCGUACAACCAUCAAGGGUCUUCCGAAAACGGUGUAGAUGGUCAAACCACAGUGGUUGACAAGAAGUACUCUUUACGUGGGGAUAGUAGUAGCUUUAGAUCAUCCUCUGCAUCUUCACGAGAAGAAAUAUCAGCGGUGGAGCAGGAUAGCUCGAUUGCAGUUGACGGAAAUUUGCCCGAAACAGAUUGGUUGUCAGUGGAUUUUGCGCGUCCAUCUACACCUGUUAAUUAUAACAUACAGGAGAUGGAGAGUAUUCACAGCCACUUAUCUAGUACUUCUCGUAAUUCGACCCCGACAUUAUUAGAGGAAGAUUCUCAACGAACGACGGAUAUAGAAGAAAUUAUAUCAAAUCACAACGACCAUGUUAAUCCUCCUUAUAGAAUGAAGUAUCUCCAUUGUGACUUGUAG